AGGCCGGGGAGAAAGCGUGGCUGAGCGUUUCGAGGGUCACGUCUCUCCACAAAAUGGUGAAAUCCGGCAAACUUCGGUCCGGAACAGCGCAGAAGUUAAAGCGAUGGAAGAAAGGACACAGCAGCGAUUCAAACCCAGAGUCGAGCCGCUAUCGACAAGCUGCCAGAAGCCGAUUUUUCAGCCGGCCGAUAGAAAAAAGUGAUCUUACAGUUGAUGCUCUGAAAUUGCAUAAUGAGCUUCAGGCUGGUUCACUGGAAAGAAAGAAGGAUGGUUUGGGCGAUGCCAUGGACGAUACAGCAGCCCUGACCGAAAGAACAUCCGGCACAUUUCUGAGUGGCCUGUCUGAUUGCUCUAAUCUGACUUUUAGAAAAGUUCAGCGUUACUGGGAGUCCAACUCUGCUGCACACAAAGAGAUCUGUGCUGUACUGGCAGCUGUUACUGAAGUAAUUCGAUCACAGGGGGGAAAGGAGACUGAGACAGAAUACUUUGCUGCUUUGAUGACGACUCUUGAGGCGGUUGAAAGCAGUGAAUCACUGGCUGCUGUUGCUUACCUACUCAACCUAGUGAUGAAAAGGGUGCCUGCUCCAGUGUUGAUAAAAAAAUUUUCAGAUGUAGCAAAGGCCUUUAUGGAUGUCAUGUCAAAACAAGCCACUGCCGACUGUGUCUCCUGCAUUCGAUGGAUCUUGUCCUGCCUGACGACUUUGCUGAGGAAGCAGGAUCUCUCUGUGUGGAGUUAUCCAUCCACCCUUCAGGUGUAUCACGGCUUGCUCAGCUUCACUGUGCACUCAAAACCAAAGGUGCGUAAAGCAGCUCAGCAGGGUGUGUGCGCCAUCCUGCGUGGUAGUGACUGCAUGUUUGGAGAGAACGCUCCCAGCCACCAUCCUGCUGCUGUUACUACAGCAAACUACUGCGUUAAAGAGAUGGAGAAGGCAGGAGGUAGCAAGGAAGAUACGACCACACUGCAUGUGCUGGGGCUCCUGAAGGAGCUGAUUACUACAUUUCCCCUCAGCUCGAUAAAGGCUUGCUGUGAGACUCUUCUUCGUGUUAUGACCCUGAGUCAUGCGCUAGUGACGGCGAGCGCCAUGCAGGCUUUCCACAAGCUCUUCAGUGUAAAACAAAAGCCCUCCAACAUGACUGCAGCACUCAAUGCACAGAUUAUCACAGUUCUGUAUGAGUAUAUCCCCAGUGAGAACGACUUGCAGCCAUUGCUAGCCUGGCUUGCUGUCAUGGAGAAAGCCCACAUCCAUUUGUCCAGCUUACAGAGCUCUUUGAGUCUGGGUCACCUUCCUCGGUUCUUUUCCGCUACCAUGCCCUGUCUCCUUUCCCCGCACACUCAGGUUGUCUCUGCCGCCGCACAGACUCUGAAGACCCUGAUCAGUGAAUGCGUGGCACCUCAUAUGGCAGAGAUCGGACCUGUUCUACCCAGUGUAUCUUCUGGUAAUGGGCUUUCCAUCUGUAAGAUGUUCCGGGUUGUAGAGGAAGGCUUGUCCUAUCGCUUCCAUGCUUCAUGGCCGUUUGUGCUGCAGAUCCUUGGCAGCUUCUACAAAGCUGCAGGGAAACAAGCUCAUCCUGUUAUGAUGAAGAGUCUGCAGUCUCUGAGUGACCUGCGUGCGACACCGCAGUUCCCGUUCUGUGGAGAGUUGGAUUUGGCGGUAGGUGCUGCAGUGGAGAGCAUGGGCCCACAGGUCGUCCUCGGCGCUGUCCCACUCCUCAUUACUGGGACUGAUGACGACCUGGAGUUCCCACGCAGCUGGCUCAUUCCCGUCAUCCGAGACAAUGUAAAGAACACCCAGCUGGAAUACUUCAUCUCUUACUUCCUUCCCCUAGCAUCCACACUGAAACAGAGAGCGGAUGAAUUUGAGAAGGCAGGGCAGAAGCUGGUUGCAAAAGUAUAUCAGACAUUACAGUUGCAGAUCUGGUCGAUGCUUCCUGGAUUCUGCACUAAACCCACUGAUGUGGUCAGCUCAUUUAAGGGCAUUGCCCGCUCAUUGGGUAUGGCCAUCACUGAUCGCACUGAUCUUCGCAUGUGCAUUUACCAGGCCCUGCGCACACUCAUCUACAAGAGCUGUGAGACAGAAGAGGAGAAGGCAGAAGUGGGCCGCUUCGCUAAGAACUUUUUGCCCAUUCUGUUUAACGUGCACACGCAGCAGCCGCCACCCAGAGAAAGUGACCCGUCCAGACUGGCUGUGCUCGACACCAUCAGAGCUUACCUGACCAUUACUGAUCCCAAGGUGGUAGGCACAUUUCUGCUAAAAGCUCUGGAAAGGCUCAGCAGCCCUGACAGCACGGAGUUUUCACGGCUUACCGUAAUGGAUUUGGUUGUCGCAAUGUCUGCAUUUGUGGAGGAAGAGGCUAUGGCACAAACAUACCAACAAAUCAAACCUUACUUGGAGAGUAAGGAUUCUGGUAUUCAAAAGAAAGCGUACCGGGUGUUGGAGGAGAUGUGUGGAGGAGAGAGAGAGCAGUGUAAGCGUUUUGUUCUGGCCAAUCUGGAACAGCUCAAGGUGGUCCUUCUGGACAACCUGAAAAGCGCAUCCUCACCUGCCAAAAGACCCAGACUGAAGUGUCUCAGUCACAUUGUGAAGCAGCUGAACGAAGAGCACAAGGACUUCAUCACUGCACUUCUUCCUGAGGUUAUAAUUUGCACUAAGGAAGUCUCUGUCGGGGCACGCAAAAACGCCUACGCCUUGUUGGUGGAGAUCGGCAAUGCCUUUGUCCGGUUCUAUGGAAACAACAAAGAUGCCUUGAAUGAGUGCUUGGGUCAUGUGUAUGUUGGACUCACUGGAUCAGUCACAAUGAUAACCUGCACUGUGCUGGCCCUUACCAGACUAGUGUUUCAGUUCAAAGACUGCUUAGAUGUAUCACCACUGGAGCAGCUCCUGCAAAACAUCUGCUUGCUGCUCUCCAGCAGGACACGGGAGAUUGUCAAGGCUUCUUUAGCCUUCAUCAAAGUCAUCCUCUUCAUCCUGGAUGUAAAAGUUCUAGCCAGUCAUCUGACCCUUAUUAUGGACGGCAUUAGUGGUAUGAAAGACGAUAUGAGAAGGCACUGUAGAACGAAUCUGAAAAACAUUUUCACUAAAUUAGUCCGCAAGUUUGGUUUUGAGCUGGUGAAGAGCAUGCUGCCUGCGGAGUUCCAUAAGGUACUGGCCAAUAUCCGUAAAGUGGAGGCUAGAACGAAGAGACGCAAACAGCUGAACAAGGCUGAGGAAGACGGUUCAGACAGUGAGGAAGAUCUACCCAAAGCUAAGACUGACAGUAUUGAGGACGUCCUGGCAGACUCGGACUCUGAUGACUCAGAGGAUGAGAAGCCUAAGAAAGGCCAGAAGAAGCCAGUUAAACAAAAAGCGCAGGCCUGGCUGAAAGAAGGCGUGUCUGACGAACCGCUCAAUUUCCUUGACCCUAAAGCAGCACAGAGAGUUCUAUCCACCAACCCUGACUUGAAAAAAUCUUCCAAGAGGGAGCACGGCUUCAAGAUGACAUCAGAUGGGAGACUGAUCAUUAAAGAUGACGAUGAGAAGGAUGAUGGAUCUAAAGGUGACAAGGAAAUGGAUGACAUCCUGAAAGAGGCUGGAGUAAAAACAAAAAAAAGCCAGAAGAGGAAAAUCGAAGAUGAUGUCGAUGACGACAUGGAGAUUGAGCCGCAAAUGAAAUAUAAGGCUGGUGGCGUUGGGAUUCACAGACCACUGGGAGGAAAAGAGGAGUCAGGUGCUGGAUACAAAGCUAAGAAAGGAAAAGGUGACAUUAAGAAAAAGGGGAAGCACGACCCAUAUGCCUACAUCCCUCUUAAGAAGGCCCAGCUAAACCGCAGGAAAAAGGCCAAACUGCAGGGCCAGUUUAAGGGCAUGGUCAGAGGAGCUCAGAAGGGAGCACUGUCUGGAAAAAGAAUGCAGAAAAAUAAAAGGAGAACCUGAGUCAUAUAUAAACAUGUGCAAUAUGUUUAAAUCCGGAUGGGAUUUGUUUAUGGACUAUCUUUAAAAAGUUAUAAUUCAGAUCGGAUGACGUCAUCAUGCUGAAUUGUGGCUUGGGAAUGUGAGGAGAGUUGUACGGCUGUUCCACUACAGAGAUUACAACUGUGUUCCUUUGAUCAGCGUGUGAUCCUUUCCAGCAAACUGUUAUUUUUAAAGGUGGAAAUGGGUGGAAUACACGAGAUGGUAUUGUGAGAUAAAUGUAUUUAUGUCUUGGAAAGUAAACAUAGCUAAACCAAAAAGA